AUGUCCAUCCUCUCGCUGGUCGAGGAUCGACCAACCCCUCGAGAGGUCUACAACUGGCGAAUCUAUAUCCUCGCCGCCGUUGCCUCCUGCACUUCAUGCAUGAUCGGCUAUGAUAGCGCAUUCAUCGGUACCACUCUCAGUCUCACUUCCUUCAAGAACGAGUUCAGAUGGGAGGACAUGAGCGCUAGCGAGCAGAGCCUAGUCAGCGCCAACAUUGUCUCCCUCUACCAAGCUGGCGCUUUCUUCGGCGCUUUGUUCGCCUACCCUGCUGGUCAUUUCUGGGGUCGCAAAUGGGGCCUUAUGGCUUCUGCUCUGGUGUUCUUCCUUGGUGCUGGUCUGAUGCUUGGUGCCAAUGGUGAUCGCGGCCUCGGCCUGAUUUAUGGUGGACGUGUGCUCGCCGGUAUCGGUGUCGGAGCGGGUUCCAAUCUUUGCCCGAUUUAUAUCUCUGAGAUGGCUCCUCCUGCUAUCCGUGGUCGUCUUGUCGGUGUCUAUGAGCUGGGAUGGCAAAUUGGAGGUGUUGUUGGUUUCUGGAUCAAUUACGGUGUCGAUGAGACCCUUCCUCCUAGCCACAAGCAGUGGCUCAUUCCCUUCGCCGUGCAGCUUAUUCCCGCCGGCCUACUUAUUAUCGGUGCUCUUUUCAUCAAGGAAUCUCCCCGUUGGCUCUUCCUACGCGGGCGCCGUGAGCAGGGAAUCGCAACCCUUGGUUGGAUCCGCAACCUCCCCGCCGAUCACAUCUACAUGAUGGAAGAAGUGAGCAUGAUCGAGCAGUCCCUCGAGCAGCAGCGGGCAAAAGUUGGUCUUGGUUUCUGGAAGCCUUUCAAGGCUGCCUGGACCAACAAGCGUAUCCUCUACCGGCUUUUCUUGGGUAGCAUGCUCUUCCUGUGGCAGAACGGCUCAGGUAUUAAUGCUAUCAACUACUACAGCCCGACGGUCUUCCGCAGUAUUGGUGUCACUGGUGGCAACACCAGCCUCCUCACCACGGGUAUUUUCGGUGUCGUCAAAGCCGUUGUCACCUUUGUCUGGUUGCUGUAUCUGAUUGACCGCGUGGGUCGUCGCCUCCUUCUCCUGGUUGGUGCUGCCGGUGGUUCAAUCUGCCUAUGGGUGGUUGGUGCGUACAUUAAGGUCGCGCAGCCCGCGAACAACCCUGCUGGCACUCAACUUGGUGGAGGUGGCAUCGCAGCCAUGUUCUUCUUCUACCUAUGGACGGCCUUCUACACACCUUCCUGGAACGGGACCCCAUGGGUCAUCAACUCUGAAAUGUUCGAUCCUACCGUCCGGUCGCUCGCACAAGCCUGCGCGGCAGCCUCCAACUGGCUGUGGAACUUCCUUAUUUCUCGCUUCACGCCGCAAAUGUUCUCAGCCAUGGGCUACGGCGUGUAUUUCUUCUUUGCGUCUUUGAUGAUUCUCUCUAUCUUCUUCGUGUUCUUCCUCAUCCCCGAGACCAAGGGUGUCCCGUUGGAGAGCAUGGAGACACUCUUCGAGAAGCAGCCUGUGUGGCGAGCUCAUGGAGAGCUCCUCAAGGAGCUGCGUGCUGACGAGGAACGGUUUAGGCACGAGAUCGAGGAGACGCAGAUCAAGCAGGCUGGGUUGCAUGGGGAGCAUAUUGAGGAGGCGAAGGUAUAA